AUGGAGCAUUUGUGUGAAACAGAAACAAUGGCUUAUAUCGUAAUGGAAUAUGUUGCUGGUGGCGAGCUCUUCAGUCGCAUUGUUUCGCCAGCAAACAAAGGAUGCGGUCUCGGUGAAUCGAUAACAAAAUUCUAUGCGUGGCAACUUUUCGGUGCCCUUGAGUAUCUUCACAAGAAUGGUAUUGUGCAUCGUGACAUCAAAGCAGAGAAUGUGUUACUACUCGAAAAUGAGGAUUAUACAGUUGUGAAGUUGACAGAUUUUGGUUUGAGCAAAAUAACAAACGGGCAAUCGAUGCGAACAUUUUGUGGGACGAAAUGCUACAUGGCACCGGAGCAAUGGAAAGCGGAAGCAUACAGCUGUAAGGUGGAUAUCUGGGCACUUGGGGCUGUCAUCUUCAUUUGCAUGUGCGGACGACUGGUUUUUUACAAAGGUUGGGAGAAAGUCUCACCGUUUGGACGAAAAAUUCUGCGACAGUGCUUUAGAACUGAGCCGGAACAUCGUAUCUCGGCGACGGAAGCGCUUGCUAGCGAGUGGUUCAAAGAUCCGAUUGUUGAAAAAGCUCGCAGUGUCGUACAGAAUCAUACGGUAAGAUUUUUUUGUUUUUAGUA